AUGGCGAAUCAGCUUACGCCCCCUUCAGGCCAGCAAAGCGCUGUAUCCGCGGCCUGGAAUCAUGUCUCCCUGAAGUCAAGCUUGCCCACAAGAGGCUUUGACAACAAUAAGGGACAGAACCUCUGCUACCGGAAUGCAGCUCUCACGCUGUUUCUCCACACUCCACAGUUUCUAAGCUGGUGCGAGAAAUACUGUGGGCAAAGCACGAGUAAUUCAGUCCCAGACGUGGUUCGCAAAUUGUACGACAUGAUCAUUGCCUACUGGCAGUGUCGCAAGGGACAUGAACAGGCCAUGGAGACCUUGUGGACAGAACUUCAAAGUCCAAAGUACGGCCACUUGCGCUGGCAUACAACCCCGGGCCAGCAGCAUGACACACUUGAGAUGCUGGAAAACAUCAUCUCUCUCCUCGAAAAUCACACAAGCCAACCCUACAAUGGCGAUCUCAUGGAUUUGAUGACCGUCGCACUGAGCCAGUGCCGCGUUUGCAGGACAUGCAAGCAGAAAGACUCAGUGCCGGGGGUUAGGGUACGGUACCUCAGUGCAGAUCUCCCAGGCUUAAAAAAAGCUGCUUCUAUAGAGGAGGCCAUCAUUAGUGGCAUGAACUCGGAGACUUUUUCGGAUUGCAAGACAUGCGCCGCUAAACAAAUCGCCCAUGAGAUUCAGAGUCAGAUACUACUCCCUUCAGAAAUUCUUGUCGUUCAGGUCAAUCGAUACAAAGAGUCGGGGAAGCUGAAAGACGAAAUCGAAGUUCAGGGAGAUUUAGUGAUUCCAGAUUCUCUUCUAGAUGACAGUGUUAGGGGACAAGGCAAGAUCGGUUACGAGCUCUAUGCUGUCAUCUUUCAUAUCGGCGAUGACAGUAAAAGCGGACACUAUACUGCGGCCGUCAAGGGUCCCUCUGGUCAGUGGGUGAUGACCAACGACAAACGCGUGACAUUUACCCAGACACUGGAAAAGAGCAUGAGCUCGCCAGACGGUGGAAAGGAGAAUGCUUACAUACUUGCGUAUCGGCGACUGGAAUCCCAGAGCAAUUCAGCUGACUCCAAUACAGGUUCAUCGGCCGCUGUCACGUCCUCCAGCCCCAAAGCAGCAAGCGCUGGCCAGAGCUCGGCCCCUUCAGGCCAUUCCAAUGACGGCUUAUCAAAUGCAUCAGGCUCAGGAAAAGGGUCUGUCAAGGGUGGAGUACAAAUGAAAGGGACCAUUGAGCUGGAAGGGAGACCCAUCCAAUGGACGAUCAACCAGCAGCUGGUCCUGGACCCAGGUAAAGGUGCACUUGUGGCACUGGGGCGCAGAGCAAGAACGCAGCGUGCUACUCUGCAGCUGACGCUGACUUCAGAAGAAACCGGCGAGAUCCUCGAGGGACAAGUGACCAUGUCGCUCAAACCACGGGUAGUGCAGAAGCCGAAGAGUGCGCCUUCAAAGACUGCAGACACCAAAGAUUCCAGGGCUGGUACCAAGGAAGCAACAGACACAGCGUCCGGGAAAGCAGCCAAGCCGAAAGGUGUCACAAAGAAACCCUCGAGUCCGCCAAAAGGAACCCGUCAAUCGGCGAGGCUGCGCAGUAAAGCCAAAAAAUGA